CUGUGUAUUUGACAUGGAUUUUAAUACAGAACAAAGUGAUCGACAUAUCCUACCCGAAAAGAGUAGUUCUUCCAGUACUUGCGAUGGGUCGCAGGGAAAGAGAAGUUCUGGAGGGUCAGGUUCACAUAGAAUCAGAUAUACAAGUACGGCUUCAAGUACGGAAUUUUCAUAUAAGGAUGACAUACCACUGGACACAGUUUCCAUUAUGACAAAUUUUGGAACAGAUGAUAUUCACGCUGCAAGAGAUACUUCAGUACCUGGCGAUGACUAUUCUGGAAGUUCACAGAUGAAUGUAUCAGGAAAAACUGUCUUACUUGGGGAAACUAUAAAUUGCAUAAUUCGAAACGCCGAAGAAGAUGAAAGUAAACGGAGAGAAGAGAUCUUCAAAGAACAGUUUCAGUCAGUGGACGAUGUAUUUGUUGAGACUAAAGGUUAUGCCCAGGCAAAGGAAAAGCUAGAGAAAAAUCAUACUGUUUUAAUAACAGGCUCGUCUGGAGCAGGUACCACACUCAUAGCAAAGAAACUGGUAAAUGAGAAAAUUUUACAAGGUUAUACUUUGAAAGAAAUUGAUAAUGUAGCACAACUGCGGCAAAUUCAUUGGAAAAAUCAGCAAAUCGUUUUAAUGGACGAUCUUUUUGGGUACAUAAGUAACAGAGACGACGAAAAUCAGAAACUUGUUUCUGAAAUCGGAUUCGUUAUUGAAGAAAGACGUAGAGAUGAUGGAUUUUUAUAUGUCGUCAUGACAUGCAGAAGAAGUGUCAUUCAACGGAUCAAACCAUGCCUGAAAAGUAAUCGGGUUUUAGAUAAAUCGAAUAUAGUCGAUUUGUCGGAAUUUAAAUUGUCUCAACAGGAACGACUACAAAUACUAGAAAAACACCUUAAACGAUACAGACCUAACGAAAAUCUAGACCAAACAAUAAAACAGGCGAUCAGCAAAUGCAAACUUCCAGGUUAUCCUAAUUGUGUAUAUAUGUUUACUCGCAACGACAAAUUAUUUAAUCAAGGGAAACAUUUUUUCAUUUUCCCUACUGAACAUGUGCAAGAGGAAAUACACGUUCUUCGUAUAAAUGAUCCAGACGUUUACGCAUUAUUAUUAUUUAUCCUGAUUAAAGACGGGGAGAUUAAAGAAAAAACAUUGCAGUCGCUUGGCGAUAAUUGCAACGAAUUCCAUCUUUUGCAAAAUAUUGCCCACUUUCCAAGUGCUAUACAAUUGGGUCUUCGACUUCACUCUGCCUUAAAAAGGGUUGAUGCAGCAUUUGUCACACAAGAGAGCUCCACCAUACAGUUCAGGCAUUCAUGCGUUUUAGAAGCUAUGUGUUUAUCGUUUAGCCAAACUCUUGAAAAUCAAGCAGUUAAAUGGCUACCGUUUGAUUUUAUUGUAAAACGUAUCAGAACUGAUAAAUUUGAGAAAUCAAAUGAUUAUGAAAUAGUAACAAUAGGGCCGUCUGUAUUCGAUGAUUUGGCAGAAAGAUUUAUCAAUGAAAUAAAGUUUGGAAAUAUAGCUGAAGUUUGCAAACACGAGGCAUUCACGAACGGUAGAUUUGUUACAACUUUUUGUGCAAUUUUAGAAGGUUUUUUGCAAGAAGAUGUUGACAUGCUCCGAUUCAUUCUGCAAGUUACAGAAAGGGAAAACCAUUUAGGAGCAUUAUUUAAUGGAUCUUUAUUGUACUGGUCGGCCUCUUUAAAAGCAGAGCUAUUAUGUUCGUCAUUACUUGCAAAACAUUUUUAUGACAAUAUCAAAGACAAGUUUUGGGUUCGAAUUCAAGCAUCUGCUGCUCUUGUACCAGCAUGCUGGUAUGGGUUCCAGGAAACAGUUUUGGAUUCAUUGCUCCAAUUAGAUGCCGAUAUAAACAGUGCAAUUCACAAAGAGCGCAGGUCGCAAACCCACUUUUGUGAUUUUUGUACUGUUCACGACCAAGAUGGAAUGAGUGGUAUUCAGGCUAGUGUAUUUACAGACAAUUUACCGAAAUACGAAACACUUGCUUAUCUACUGACAAAUGGGGCUUGUUUUAAAGAAGGUUCUGACCACAAACCGUUAAUAAAAGCCAUACAAAUUUACGACACGGCACUAAAAUCCGACCUUAGAAAUAUAGCAAAGAAGACUAUACAUGCAUUAUUAAACGGAGGUGCUGACGUUAAUUUGAAGGAUCGACAUGAAAAAACAGCUCUUUGGUAUGCCGUUUUUAACGACAGUAUAGAUAUUGUAGAACUCUUAAUUGCUAAAUCACAGUUUAUUUCAUCCCAGUCCUUACUUCCUUUUUCGAAAAGUAUUGAAAUGGUGAAAUUGAUAGAACAACAUGGUAUCGAUAGAACCUUUGACCAGACAGACACCAGUGGUAAAAGUCUUUUGCAUCGGGUCCAACACGAAAGUUUAAUUUCUUAUUUCAUCAGCAAAGGUUGUUCGUUAGAACGUAGAGACAGAAAUGGGCGAACUCCCUUGUUCUACUCCCACACUCCGGCUAUUUAUAAAGAACUCAUUGCUAGAGGGUCUUCCAUCAAUAUUACAGAUAACGAUGACAAAACUAUUUUCCAUUUUAUCAAAAGACAUGAUAUCCUAGAAUGUAUCUUAAGUACCUCCUCCGAUGAAGAUAUUCAUCGCAACAUUAACAAAGUUGAUAAGUUAACUCGUACUCCGAUUUUUUCAUGCACAUCACAAAAUAUCAUAAAGCUAUUCCUAGAACAUCAUGCCGAUGUCAACCAUCAAGCCGAAAAAUGUAGCGCCAGCGAGAGUGAAACAACUCAAGGAGAAUGUAUUUACGACGUAUCAAUAGAUCCAACAACAAAACUAACGAAACCGUCAAAUAUUUAUUCAGCUAGAUUUAUUUUGAGCCUUCAAGAUUGUCCAUCCGAAGUUUUGUCCAAUGAAGCUAGACCAUUUGAUGAAGCAACAAAUACGAUUUAUACUGGUCACCACACAUCUGACAUAUCUUCAGAAUCACUUAGUUCAACCAAAUCUUUGAACGGAAGUACCAAUAGCGAAAACAGCAACGGAGAGAACUUUGAAGAUCCGGAUACCAAAAACUAUACAGUUACUAUGAAACUUGCCCUUACCGGAAAGCUAACAGUUGAAAUUGUAGACCUUUUGAUUUCAUAUGGAGCAGAUUUUAGUUUAAAAGACUGUGAGGAUAAAUCGAUUCUUCAUUGCAUACUUGCGCCGGAAAACAAAAUCAGACAAGUAGCAGACGUGGUUCAGAAAGUUCUGGGAGCUUCCAAAUCAAAAGAUAUACUAAACCUGCAAGAUGCAUAUGGAAACACUGCGCUCCAUUUAGCAAGUUCAUGCAAAGAAAUAAAUAAGUUACCACCUGAAAACAAAACUGCAGUUAUUGAGAUUUUACUGAAAAACGGAGCAAAGAUACAUCUACUUAAUAGCAACAACGAAACUCCUCUUCACUGUUUGUUGAAGUGUAACUGUUUAGGGAAGUACGAUGCCUUAGUUUUGAUAGCAAAUUAUUUCCAUGGAACCUUAAACGUUUAUUGUCCAAAUCAAAGGGGUGAAGUACCACUUGAGCAUCUUUGUUUAAUCAUGGAUCAGUCGAAACAUUUUAUAACUGACGCUAGAAAAACAAUAAUUUUUUUGUACAAAAACGAAUUAUUGAAGGAUUACCUGUUAUCAAACCUUGAUUUUGUCUUCAAAGAUUGCAACAUAGCAUUACUAGACGCCAUUGUACAAUGUUGUCCUGAAAUCCUCUCGAGGGAAAGUGAAGAGUUGAUUAAUUAUUUUAAAAACAGAGAAAACUUUUUAAUCGUACGAUUUUGGGUACUUUUGUCCUUUAUCGAUAUACCCGAACGAUCAGUUUGGAUAAACCAAUUAAAACUUGAAGUUGAUGAAAGCCAUUCCUUGCUUAGAGAUUGCAUAUUGCAAAUUCAUGAAAGCGAAAGACUUACAGCUGUUCUUGAAACAUUACUGAACCAUGUCUCGGAUAUAAAUUCACGAACCAAAGAGGAAAAACCUUUGCUCAUUACAGCCAUAAUGGCAUGCAGGUAUAAAAGAAGUGAUACUAUUAUCCACCGGAUAGUUCGAGUUUUUCUUAAUCUUGGAGCAGACCCAAAUGUACAAGAUAAAGACGGAUUAACUCCCUUUCACCACUGCAUUUUAUCCAGCGCCAGAGAUGAACGAGUUCUUAAAUGCGCGGAUCUGCUCCGAGAAAAGAAAGCAAAGUUUGACAUUGGGAGUUCACUUUUAUUAGCGUGUGAUAUAAACAGACUAAGAACGAAAACGAUAAAAUGUUUGCCUUCUAGUGUUUUACCAUAUCAGAAAGAUGAAAAAGGAAAUGCUUUACAUCAUCUGGUUUUAGCUUAUUCCAAAUAUGGACGCAGUUUCCGAGUUUCGACGUCAUCAUUGAUCGCUCUUGUUGAUAGAGGUGUUGAUAUCAAUAUGUACAACGACGACGGGGAAACACCACUUCAUGUUGCGAUGAAACAACAAGUAAUGUCUCAUGUCAUAAUAGAAUUGUUGCGAAAUGGAGCAGAUGUAAAUAAGAAGAAACACCUUCCGGUAAAUGGAAAUACAAAUCCGGAAAAAGACUGUAAAGCUCUACACAAACUAGAAGAAACUUGUGUAAAUGAUGAGAGUAGAUCUGCGUUUCAAUAUAUGCUUUUAUACUUGAACACAACAAACAUGGCAGUGGUACGAGAAAUGUUAAAAUAUGGGGCGGAUCCAUUUCACAAAGACAUUCAUGGACAAAAUUCUUUCCAUCAUAUCACCAGCAUGAUCAGACCGAAUUCUCUAAAAAUUUUGCUAAUGCUCUUACACAAGUUUGAAAAUUCUCAACGUGAAAUAAACAUUCAAGACAAUUAUGGAAACACUCCAUUACAUAAUGCAUGCACUUUUGGUAAUAAUGACAAAGUAUGGUGUACUUCUUUGCGUGUUGCUGUUAUUCGCAUACUACUGGCCAAAGGUGUGAACUUAAAUGAGGUUAAUAGACUCAAGCAAACACCCUUUCAUUUACUUAUCUUUCAAUAUCAUAAAUUUGUCACAAAUUACCGUAGUGAAAAUGAGAAAUUCGUACAUAACAUUGUAGCUUUAAUAAGCUUGUUUCUUUCAUACGAUGUUGACAUGGAGAUUAAAGACCAAGGAGAUAAAUCAGCUUUGGCCUAUGUUGAAAUGUGGAAACUGAAUGAUAUAAAACAAUUGAUUGAUAAUGAAAUGGCUCCCGAGGAUUUAUUCAGGUUGUUUGAAGUUCAAAGUACGACGCGAUCGACGACUGAAGCCAUUGUUGAUUCUGAAGUCAACUGAGCACAGCUCAUAACUUUUUGUGAAUGAAGCAACUAAUUCCAUGCAUAAACGUCAUCGUCUGUCAAACGAUAAAUUCAAUAAGCUACCAAAGAAAUUAAUAAAAUGCUUCAAUGCAAAAUUGGAUAAAAACACCACAAAUGAAACAAUCAAAAGUAAAUUCUUUUAUACAAUUUUGAAUGUAAAAAUGAAUGUUACCUUCCGCAAAUAAUCAAUAAUAGAAAGUCAGCAUAAGGACACUUGAAAAUACACACAAUGCAAAAUACAUCCGUUCAAUUAGGAUUCUUAUCUUCUCGCUUUUAGCUUAUAUUGUUUCUUUUCUAACUGUAAUAGAAUAUAAUCAUUAUUGUUUUUUUUUACUUGUUAAUGAAAAUUAAAAAUGAAAUGAACAGUUGUUUAAACAUAUUAAAUGUUUUAGUUUCUUCAAAGAAUCAUCAAAAAUUGAAUUGAUAGUAGCACAGUUAUUAAUAAAUCCCGGUUGCAUUUAGCAUAAA